AUGGCAACAGCAGAGCCAGCUGGUCCACGAUAUGCGCCAGAUGAUCCUACACUUCCAAAUCCUUGGAAGGGUUUGAUUGAUGGUAGCACGGGUUUGUUAUACUACUGGAACCCUGAAACCAACAUUACCCAGUAUGAAAAGCCAGCUUCUUUGCCUCCACCUUUGCCACCCGGCCCACCUCCUGCUACUACCACACCAAAGCUGGCUGCAACUUCCGUUCCUCAUUCAAUGCCACCAAAUGGAGUGGUGUCUCAGGAUGGCCCGCAGAUAACACAAGCUCCACAACAGCAGGGAACGCAAGUGGGCCAAUUUUCUCAACAGCAUGGACAUCUAAUGACACAACAGAUGAAUCCCCUUGUGACAUCAUUUGCUCAACAGCAGGUGGCUCAAGCUGGGCAACAACAAGGUUCACAAUUGGGACAGGCCAUGCAAAAGCAUGGGCAAAUGAUGCAGCAUCCAAGUCAGCAAAUGCCCCAGGCACAAGUGCAUCAAGGGCAGCAAAUGCCUCAGCAACUGGGGCAGCAAACACCACAGAGUCAAGGUUCACAAAUGGCUCAGGUACAAGUGCACCAAUUUGCACAUCAGCAACUGCAUUAUACGCCUUAUCAGCAAAGCAUUCCUCCCCAAGGACAGCAAAGUUCACAGCAGCAGACUCUGCAUAGCGCACAAGGGCAACCACUGGCAAAUCAACAAGAAUAUAAAGCCACAUUCCACCAGAGGGAGGACGAUGAUUUUCAACAAAGAAAUCAAGUUGGUUUUUCUCCAUCCCGGUUUCAACCAGCAGGUGCCUCAUCUGUGCAGAAUCUUCCUACUGGGACCAAUUCCGUACAAAUGCCACAGAGGGCUGUACAUCUUGGUCAACCCCAACAAUUUGGUGGCCCUUUGGGCAGCAUGCAACAUCCUUCGUCUUUUAGUCACCUGCAGCAACCAGGGACUGAUUUGGUUCACCAUCAACAUGGCUCUAGGUUCCAAAGUCAAAUGGACCCCACAAUGAUACAUAGUCAGCAGUCUAAUGCACCUCCUGUUGGAUUAAGAAUGGGUCAUGAAAAUAAUUUCCACGGUAGAGGUGGGAAUGACUAUUACUUUAAUAGUAAUAAUGAAGUGCCAACAGGUCCUCAGCAGCCCAAGCUUGCAGCUAUUCCGGUGGCAAGAAGUCAGCAGGAGAUGAGUAUGAGUGGUGGCCCAUUUCAAAAUGCUGCACCUGGUCAUGCCAGUGCAUUGAAUACCAUGGCAGGUCAUUCUGUGCAUAACUUGUUCAGUCAUGCAACAGGUGGUCCACCAUUCCCAAAUAAUUCUCUGGUGAAGUCUCCUUAUGUCGGAUCUACAAGUGUUACUAGUCUCACACCUGUUGAAGUUUAUCGUCAGCAACAUGAAGUUACUGCAACGGGUGACAAUGUUCCUGCACCAUUCAUGACAUUUGAAGACACUGGUUUUCCUCCUGAGAUAUUGAGAGAGAUUUAUUCUGCUGGGUUCGCAUCUCCCACACCAAUCCAGGCACAAACAUGGCCAAUUGCUCUUCAAAGUAGGGAUAUAGUGGCAAUUGCAAAAACUGGUUCUGGAAAAACUUUGGGAUAUUUGAUGCCUGCCUUCAUUCUUCUUAGACAAUCCCGUAAUAAUUCUCAGAAUGGCCCAACAGUCUUGGUUUUGGCCCCAACACGGGAGCUUGCAACACAAAUACAAGAUGAGGUUUUGAAAUUUGGGCGAGCUUCAAGGGUAUCCUGCACGUGCUUGUAUGGUGGAGCUCCAAAAGGCCCUCAGCUGAAAGAAUUAGAUCGUGGAGCAGAUAUAGUUGUUGCAACGCCCGGUCGACUGAAUGACAUACUGGAAAUGAAGAAAAUUGAUUUUGGGCAAGUUUCUCUACUUGUACUUGAUGAGGCAGAUCGAAUGCUUGACAUGGGUUUUGAACCCCAAAUCCGUAAAAUCGUGAACGAAAUACCCCCACGCAGACAAACUCUUAUGUACACUGCAACAUGGCCCAAAGAAGUAAGAAAAAUAGCAGGUGAUCUUCUUGUUAAUCCUGUCCAGGUGAAUAUUGGCAGUGUUGAUGAGCUUGAAGCCAACAAGUCUAUUACACAGUAUGUUGAAGUUGUCCCACAAAUGGAGAAGCAGAGGCGCUUGGAGCAGAUCCUUAGAUCCCAGGAACGGGGUUCUAAGGUUAUUGUUUUUUGUUCCACAAAGAGGUUGUGCGAUCAGCUUGCACGUAGUAUUGGACGCAGCUUUGGGGCUGCUGCAAUUCAUGGGGACAAGUCUCAAGGUGAGAGAGACUGGGUUUUAAAUCAGUUCCGAAGUGGAAAGUCUCCAAUAUUGGUUGCCACUGAUGUUGCUGCCCGUGGGCUUGACAUCAAAGAUAUAAGGGUGGUGGUUAACUAUGAUUUCCCUACUGGGGUUGAAGAUUAUGUUCACCGGAUUGGAAGAACUGGGAGGGCUGGGGCAACUGGGGUGUCGUACACCUUUUUCUCUGAGCAAGAUUGGAAAUAUGCAGCUGAUUUGAUAAAAGUUCUGGAGGGAGCUAACCAGCAAGUGCCCCCGGAGGUGCGAGAUAUUGCUCUGCGUGGUGGGCCUGGUUUUGGCAGGGAUAGGAGUGCGAUGAGCCGUUUUGAUUCUGGUGGGCCUGGGAAUGGAGGUGGAGGCCGUUGGGAUUCUGGCGGCCGUGGUGGCAUGAGGGAUGGAGGUUUUGGUGGUCGUGGUGGCAUGAGGGAUGGGGGUUUUGGUGGUCGUGGUGGUGACAUGAGGGAUGGCAACUUUGGAGGCCGCAGUGGCCCUAGAGAUGGUCCAGUUGGUGGCCGCAGUGGGGGAAGCGAUUUCUUUUCUGGGCGUGGAAACAGGGGACGGGGAUUUGGUGGUCCUGGUGGUGGUAAUGUUGGUUGGGGUAGAAAUGACCGUGGCACACAAGAUAGGUACAACAGUGUGGAUGGGCGUGGGCGAGGGGGACGUGGACGGGGACGAUUUGAUAACAGAAUCGAUUUUCCUGAUAGGAGCAGAGGCAGAAGCUAUAGCCGUAGCCCUGAAAGAGUUCGAACAUGGGAUAUUAGCCGAAGCAGAAGCAGAAGCCGAAGCCGCAGCAGGAGUCGUAGAAGCCGAAGCUGGACCAGGAGUCGUAGUCGUAGUCGGAGCUGGUCACGUGGCCGCAGUCGCAGCCGCAGCCGUAGCCGCAGUCGUAGUCGUAACCGUAGUCGAAGCCCCAGUUAUGAGAGAUAUGAGAGGCCUCCACGUGUUUCGAAAUUUGAUGUCAAAGUUCCUGAAUCUGUGGCUCCACCUAAAUUAGGGAUGUCUCCUAUGCCCCCAGGCACAGAAGUCAAUGCAUCCCCAGACACGAAGCCUGUGGGGGAGCUGCCAGUGGCUGAGGAGACUGAGCUAAUGCAUAAACAGCAGCUGGAGGAGACCCUUGCGGUCACUCAGUGA